CAGCAGUAUUGCGCCCACGCGAGAGAUAAAUAGCUGACACGGUUUCAUUAAACAGUUGAAAAUACUUAAUCACUACUGGACAUAAAAUAUUUUUACUUCCUUUCAUGCAAUGUAUAUAUUUUGCCAGUAUGGUAAUUUAAAAAGUAACGUCUGCUUAUAAAUAGAUCGCUUGGUAAAUAAAAAUCGGUGUGGUUUAGUUUAGUAGCAGCUCGACCCGUAGGUGUGGUAAAACUCUUCUUGUAUCUAUUGUACUUUAAUACGAAUGUAAUUGUUUACUGUUCGUCAAAUUUGUUCCUGGAUAAGUUUUCAUGUGCGCUUCUUUUAUCAACAACAAUGGUCUUAAAAACUGCAGAAGCACUCCAAGUUUCAGACAGCAGUAGCCAAUUCACCAACAACCUAUACAAUGUACUGGCUGAAACAUCACCAGGAAAUAUAAUCUUCUCUCCCAUCAAUCUUCAUGCUGUUCUUUCUAUGGUUUACCAAGGCGCCCAAGGUACAACAGCUGAAAAAUUUGCUUCCUCGUUAAAAGUACCCGAGGCUAAAAUUGCUAGAGAUGGUUACAGUGUUAUAAUGCAGCGUCUUAUUUCCGUUCCGAAGGUUUCUAUUUUGAUAGCUAAUAAAGUUUACCUUAUGGAGGGACCUACACUUUUACCAGAUUUCAGUGAAGCUGUCACUAAAGAUUUUCUGUCUGAUGUACAGUUACUAAAUUUUGGUGACCAGACAGCAGCUGCUGCAACUAUUAACACUUGGGUUGAAGAAAAAACACAAGAAAAAAUCAAGGAUUUAGUGAAGGAAGAAGAUUUAAAUGAAUCCACGCGAUUAGUCCUUGUAAACGCAAUUUAUUUCAAGGCCACAUGGAUGUACGUUUUUGACGAAGCCACCAUCACUGAACCAUUCUAUCUAAAUGAUGUAGACUCAGUAAAUGUGCCAAUGAUGCAUAUGAGAAAGACGUUAUGUUUUAACAUAUUUAAGGAUUUGGAAGCGAAAAUGGUAGAAUUGCCUUACACCAACGGAAACCUAAGUUUAGUAAUAAUUUUGCCUUUCAAGAGAGAUGGAAUUGCCGAGUUAGAAAAGAAACUUGCUACUGUAAACUUGGCUAAAAUUACAAGUAAGGUAUACAACCAACCAGUUACCCUUACCUUGCCAAAAUUCAAAUUUGAACAAACCAUUGAUUUGGAAGAUUCUUUAACCAAGCUUGGACUCGGCGAAAUAUAUGAUCGAUCUGCAGCUAAUUUCAGCGGCAUGAUUACGUCAAAAGAACCUUUACAUGUAAGCAAAGUUAUACAAAAAGUGUUUUUCCAAGUAAAUGAAGACGGGUCUGAUGCGCCACCAACUCCUGCAAUAAGCGGAAGGCGAGAUGGCUGGUAUGAUCCAGAACGUAAUAUAACCAUCACUGCCGAUCGUCCAUUUCUUUUUGUGCUGUUGGAAAAAUCCACUGGAACACACAUUUUAUUUAGUGGAAAAAUAAUGAACCCGCUACUUUAAAAAUGAAGUUGUAUAUAUUUUCUUUGGAAUAGAUGAAAACAAGUUAAGAUGUAAAAU